GAACCACUCAAGCUGUUCUCUUCUGUAAACAUACAAACCUUUUCAAGGAACAAUAUUUUAUUUUAAAAUUGUUUUCCAAAGAUUAGAAUACAAAAUUUUUUAUUUUGGCAGCUACUUCAUUUUUUGCCACAUUCUGCCAAAUUACUCGUAAAAUAUACAUCCAGUUUAAGCCCUUUAGCUGGCAAUGCCCAUAGAUAGACUUCGGGCUAUGCCAGUGGACAAGAUCCUCAGCUUUCGGAGGAACCCCGAUCCGCAGCAGCUGGAAAGGCAGCAGACUGAUGGAAUGGAGGAUGUUCCCAGAUUUCUACCAAACCAGUUCCUGAAGGAUGAGGAAAACAAGGAUGAUAGUCGCCGGAUGCCGGACAGCGAUUCCAUAAACUCUGAGGAUGCCAUCAGGCUGCCUCCUCCGCGGAGAUCUCCCAUCUCGAUGAGAAAUCUCCAGCGGGAGCUGUACUCACCCAAUCAGUGUAUGAAUGCCCUGAAAGCUGUAGUGGCCGUGGUCACCGUUUGCAUGCUCUUCGCCACGAUUCCCCUAUAUCGUCGUCAGAAUAGAGACAAGGCCCAAGAUCUCAAGAUGAUCCUGCUGUGGAACGAGCCUCUGGCCGGCGGACCUGCCCACAUGGAGUGCGGUUGCCUGGUCACCAAUCAAAGGAACUAUAACGACAAAGCUUUCGAUGCGGUGGUCAUCAAUGCAGACCAUCCUUAUUCCCUUGUGGGCUUGAAUGCCACCCAACAUAAUCCCGAUUACUAUCUGGUUUAUGCCGCCAAGCAGCCAAUGUCGCAGGAUCUGCAGCCUGUUUCCAUGCUGUUCAAUUUGACCAUGACCUAUCGACUGGAUUCCCAGCUCAUCUGGACGGAUUACUACUUCUCCUACACGAAUCUGGCCAGGAGGCUCAAGUGGUUCCGUUCUCCCAGCAGGAACUUCGCCGAUGAUAUGCCCGGUUCCAUGAUCCAACGUCUGGAGGGGGAAAUAAAGAAAAAGUCUGCGCUAGCUAUGUAUUUGAUGUAUGAGGUCGAUGGGAAUAGUCUGCCAGAGAGCUUGUAUUUGGAGGAGCUGCGCAAGUAUGCAGAUCUCGAUGCCCACGAAAGUUGCCUGGGUCCCGAUGACUGCAGUCACUAUUAUUUCAUGCUAAUCUUCGAACCCACCGCCUGCCCGGACUAUGUGCCCCCGCAGAUCUACACAGCCAUGGAUAGAUAUUUGGUGCCCGUUCUUAUUGGAGGAGGAAAUCUGACCAAUCAGGUGCCGCAGCAUUCUUAUAUAAGCAGCCUGCACUUUGCCACCCCAAAGGAUCUAAUGGAUCACCUAAGGAACCUAGCAGAUAACCCUGAGGAGUACAAGCGCUACUUCUGGUGGCACUCGCUCUACAAGCUGCGCAAAACCUCGCAACCCUACUGCGCCCUCUGCUAUCUCGUCCAACAGCCUCUCGAGAAGCGCCAGAUUCCUCAGGGAUCCUCUGGCCUGGACUUCGUCAACUGGUGGACCAAAUACCAGUGCCCCAACCGAUCCACCACCUUCCUCUGAGUCCCAGUCCCCCUGCGAUCCCCAUUCCAAUUAUAAUUACCAACGAUCGCAAAUUGCCCUUGUUCGGUGUGGUUCCGUUUA